AUGCUCGACUUUCAGAGUCUGGUUCUGGCCAACGUCGCCUACCUCGUUUUCAUUGGCGCCUUCACCCUGUACAUGAAGCAGCGCGAGCCCUUCAACCCCACCACCUUUAUGCGCCUGUACAAUGCCAGCUGCGUAAUUCUGGCCGGCGCCGUCUGUUAUGGAAUGGUCGAGUACUGCAUCCGUUACCAGUUCAUCUCCUUUGUGGGCAACCCAGACAUGAUCAAGCGCAACACUGAAGCCGGUCGCCACCUCCACUUUUACUGCUGGCUCUACUACAUUCAAAAGUUCUGGGAAUUCCUGGAUACCGUCAUCUUUAUCGCCCGCAAGUCGUGGCGCCAAGUGACAUUCCUGCACAUCUACCAUCACUGCUCCAUCACCAUUGUCACCCGCAGCUUCAUUGUCUACGGCCUCUCGGGCGAUCUCGCCUGGCCUUCCUUUCUCAACGCCCUGGUCCACGUCUUCAUGUACUCGCAUUAUCUGUGCGCGACCUUCAAGAUCAAGACUUGGUGGAAGCCCUUCCUGACCCAGAUGCAGCUGGUGCAAUUCUUGGCCAUUCUGGCCCAGGCCCUGCUCGGCAUCUUCGGUGGUCCUGGCUACAGUUAUCCCGAAUGGAUCAAGCUCAUGCUUGCCUUUUACAUGUGCACCAUGCUCUACCUGUUUGGAUCCUUCUACAUCAAGUCGUACAGUGCCCCCGCUGGGCGCAAGGACACCAAAAAGGCGGAGUAG